CUAAAAAAAGAAAUUCAUUUUGUAUACUUGUUUUCGGUGGUGGCAGGGCCUUCCCGCAGGGAGCGAGAGCCGCCGGGGCCGUCUGUUUCGGGGGAUGGAAACGAACAAAAACACCUAGCAGCGGGCCGCCGGCCCACCACAAGAAUUAUAGUUAAGGUGGCUCGUUGGCCGCUGACGCGCCCACGCCGAGUCGCGCCUCCAGUGCGCCAUCUCGAUGGGCUAGAAGUGAUGGGGCGGCGGGUUGGGGGUCUUGUUGUGGCUGGCUGGCUCGGCAGCCACGGGCACAAACGGUGUUGUUUUCAGAGGGCUGAGAGGCUCCUGGUGUGA